GUCCAACUUACCAAACCCAACCCAAUACCAAAGUAGCCGUCCCUCCCUCCUCAACGCAUCAUUUCCAUUUUUUUCCUUGUAACACAAAUACGAAAAAAUUCCACCUCCAUUCGCAAUCAUGUGGAGAAGACUCGUUUUCUCUCAACUCAAAAACCUUUCGUCGUCGUCGUCAUCGUCAUCAUCAUCUUCCAUUGUUAAAUCUUCAUUUUCUUCUCGUCUUCCUGUUACCUCUUUUCGUUCCUAUUCUUCCUUCCUUUCUCGCCGAUUCUCCACCGAUGCUGAUAUUUUGUUUGGUGCAGCGGUUUCCAAGAAGAGUAUUGACGAUGUAAUGCCUAUUGCCACUGGUCACGAGCGUGAAGAGAUUGAAGCUGAACUUCAGGGAAAAGAUAUUCUGGAGAUUAACUACCCUGUGGGUCCUUUUGGUACCAAGGAAAAUCCUUCUAUUGUCAAGUCGUACUAUGACAAAAGAAUUGUUGGAUGUCCCGGAGGUGAAGGAGAGGAUGAACAUGAUGUUGUCUGGUUUUGGCUGGAGAAAGGCAAGUCAUAUGAGUGUCCAGUGUGCACACAGUACUUUAAGUUGGAAGUUGUUGGCCCUGGCGGUGACCCUGAAGGACAUGACGAAGAUGAACACCACCAUUGAUUGUAGUUUACCAUUGUAGUGAUGAAAUAAAAUUUUGAUGAGUGAUACAAUGACAAGGCCUAUGAAAACUACUGCUGCUGCUUUGCAAUCGAAAGCGUAAAAGCUUGUUUGUUUUUUGAUGAAUGCCUGUUGAUCACAUUUUAGUCUGUUGCUGUAUUUUUGGGAGAAAUCCGACGAGACGUUUCUUCACCAUUGAGUUGGUAAUUAGAAGUAUAAAUAUACAUUCACAUUUUUCCAUUGCUGAGUUGAGUUGGUUAAUCAAAUGGGUUUUUCUUUUGCUGCUUUGAUACCAUUUUAGAUUUUUGAUACAUUUUCCAGUUGAAUUUAUGGUGCAAAUAUUCGCAUUACUACAAAUAACUGAAUAAGUGCUAUUAUGCUAGGCCAAUGUCUUAUGUAUCACCUUUGUUUUCUUGCACAUCUGUGUACAAUUGUUUGGAUAUACUCUUUUGUUCCAUGCUUUUAUUACGAUUUACUUUCAGUUUUCUCUA